CGGACUCGCUCCUCCGCUCCGUAGUCCGCGGUCCGGCGGCGGCGCGGCGGGGACGGCGGGCGACUCCGGUGGCGGCGGUCGCCGCGCUAAGGCAGGCUAUGGGGACGCGCGCUUUCUCGGGGUGCCCCUCCAGCGGCGGCUCGGCGCGCCCUGCCCCGCUGCUGUAGGGAGCGGCCGUGGAGCGGAGUCACUCGCCGAAGACCCCCGGGACCCGCUCGCCUCGGGCCCUGCGUCGCCGUGCCUCUCCCGGGCUCCCGGAGCGUGGACGAGGAGCCGUGCCCCGGCGCGGGGCGAAGAGCAUGGGGACAGCGGCGGCCGCAGGAGGCGGCGGCGGCGGCGGCGGGGCGCGCCGGUGGCUGCGGUGGCUGGGGCUGUGCCUCUGGGCGGCGGGGGCCGCGGCGGCCCGAGGAACUGACAAUGGCGAAGCCCUUCCCGAAUCCAUCCCAUCAGCUCCUGGGACACUGCCUCAUUUCAUAGAGGAGCCGGAUGAUGCUUAUAUCAUCAAGAGCAACCCUAUUGCACUCAGGUGCAAGGCAAGGCCGGCCAUGCAGAUUUUCUUCAAGUGCAACGGCGAGUGGGUCCAUCAGAAUGAGCACGUCUCUGAGGAGAGUCUGGAUGAGAGCUCAGGCUUGAAGGUCCGCGAGGUGUUCAUUAAUGUCACCAGGCAGCAGGUGGAGGACUUCCACGGGCCAGAGGACUACUGGUGCCAGUGUGUGGCGUGGAGCCACCUGGGGACUUCCAAGAGCAGGAAGGCCUCUGUGCGCAUAGCCUAUUUACGGAAAAACUUUGAACAGGACCCACAAGGAAGAGAGGUCCCCAUUGAAGGCAUGAUCGUGUUGCAUUGCCGCCCGCCGGAGGGAGUCCCCGCAGCAGAGGUGGAAUGGCUGAAAAAUGAGGAGCCCAUUGACUCCGAGCAAGACGAGAACAUUGACACCAGGGCUGACCACAACCUGAUUAUCAGGCAGGCGCGGCUCUCGGACUCGGGGAAUUACACCUGCAUGGCGGCCAACAUAGUGGCCAAGAGGAGGAGCCUGUCCGCCACUGUGGUGGUCUAUGUGAAUGGAGGCUGGUCUUCCUGGACAGAGUGGUCAGCCUGCAAUGUUCGCUGUGGUAGAGGAUGGCAGAAACGUUCCCGGACCUGCACCAACCCAGCUCCCCUCAAUGGCGGGGCGUUUUGUGAGGGGAUGUCAGUGCAGAAAAUAACCUGCACUUCUCUCUGUCCUGUGGAUGGGAGCUGGGAAGUGUGGAGCGAGUGGUCAGUCUGCAGCCCCGAGUGUGAGCAUCUGCGGAUCCGGGAGUGCACAGCGCCGCCCCCCAGAAACGGGGGCAAAUUCUGCGAAGGUCUGAGCCAGGAAUCCGAAAAUUGCACGGAUGGUCUCUGCAUUCUAGAUAAAAAACCUCUUCAUGAAAUAAAACCCCAAAGCAUCGAAAAUGCCAGCGACAUCGCUUUGUACUCGGGCUUGGGCGCCGCCGUCGUGGCCGUGGCGGUCCUGGUCAUUGGCGUCACCCUGUACAGACGGAGCCAGAGUGACUACGGCGUGGACGUCAUUGACUCUUCUGCAUUGACAGGUGGCUUCCAGACCUUCAACUUCAAAACAGUCCGUCAAGGUAACUCCCUCCUCCUGAAUUCCGCCAUGCAGCCAGACCUGACCGUGAGCCGGACAUACAGUGGACCCAUCUGCCUGCAGGACCCUCUGGACAAGGAACUCAUGACUGAGUCCUCGCUCUUUAACCCUUUGUCGGACAUCAAGGUCAAAGUACAGAGCUCAUUCAUGGUUUCCCUGGGAGUGUCCGAGAGAGCAGAGUACCACGGCAAGAACCAUUCCGGAACCUUCCCUCAUGGCAACAACCGAAACUUUAGUACGAUGCAUCCCAGAAACAAAACGCCCUACAUCCAAAAUCUGUCAUCACUCCCCACCAGGACGGAACUGAGGACAACUGGUGUCUUUGGCCAUUUAGGGGGACGCUUAGUGAUGCCAAAUACAGGGGUGAGUUUGCUCAUACCACAUGGUGCCAUUCCAGAAGAGAAUUCCUGGGAGAUUUACAUGUCCAUCAACCAAGGUGAACCCAGCCUCCAGUCUGAGGGGUCUGAGGUGCUUCUGAGUCCCGAAGUCACCUGUGGUCCCCCAGACAUGAUCGUCACCACUCCCUUUGCGCUGACCAUCCCACACUGCGCAGACGUCAGCUCCGAGCACUGGAACAUCCAUCUGAAGAAGAGGACACAGCAGGGCAAAUGGGAGGAAGUGAUGUCAGUGGAGGAUGAAUCCACAUCCUGUUACUGCCUUUUGGACCCCUUUGCGUGUCACGUGCUCCUAGACAGCUUUGGAACCUAUGCCCUCACUGGAGAGCCAAUCACAGACUGUGCCGUGAAGCAACUCAAGGUGGCAGUUUUUGGCUGCAUGUCCUGUAACUCCCUGGAUUACAACCUGAGAGUUUACUGUGUGGACAAUACCCCUUGUGCAUUUCAGGAAGUGGUUUCAGGUGAAAGACAUCAAGGUGGACAGCUACUGGAAGAACCAAAGUUGCUGCAUUUCAAAGGGAAUACCUUUAGCCUCCAGAUCUCUGUUCUCGAUAUUCCCCCGUUUCUCUGGAGAAUUAAACCAUUCACUGCCUGCCAGGAAGUCCCGUUCUCCCGCGUGUGGUGCAGUAACCGGCAGCCCUUGCACUGUGCCUUCUCCCUGGAGCGCUACACGCCCACCACCACCCAGCUGUCCUGCAAAAUCUGCAUCCGGCAGCUCAAAGGCCAUGAACAGAUCCUCCAAGUGCAGACAUCAAUCCUAGAGAGUGAAAGAGAAACCAUCACUUUCAUCGCACAAGAGGACAGCACUUUCCCUGCACAGACUGGCCCCAAAGCCUUCAAAAUCCCCUACUCCAUCAGACAGCGGAUUUGUGCUACAUUUGAUACCCCCAAUGCCAAAGGCAAGGACUGGCAGAUGUUAGCACAGAAAAACAGCAUCAACAGGAAUUUAUCUUACUUUGCUACACAGAGCAGCCCGUCCGCUGUCAUUUUGAACCUGUGGGAAGCUCGUCAUCAGCACGAUGGUGACCUGGACUCCCUGGCCUGUGCCCUGGAAGAGAUUGGGAGGACACACACGAAACUCGCAAACAUUGCGGAAUCCCAGCUGGACGAAGCCGACUUCAACUACAGCAGGCAAAACGGACUCUAGUCCACCUCCUCCCGGGAGACGGAGUGAUGGUCAGCUUUGGGACAUUUCUUUAAAUGGGAAAGAAAGAGGCAGCUUCCUGCCCAGUGGCAUUUGGGGAAUUCAGCCUUCAUUUAAAAUCAGUGAGAUUCCCUGGUGGAAGAAACUGAAUUUUGUACAAGUAAAACGUGUUCGAAGGGAAGAGUACAAGCUCUCUUAGACAGGAGAGGGCUCUGCUGUCUCCCCGAACCCACGCUCGGGGUGACACUGGUUGCAAUCCUCAGAUUUGGAGGGGCCAGAAUAAAAGUGAGGGCGUAGCCAAAAGUAGCUGUGGCAGAAAAUGAGCUACAAUAAAGCUGGGAAGGCAGAUAUCGAUCAAGCGCAUAUUUUAAAACAGGUUUUUAAUGAUGUGCUCCCCAAAAGCCAGCUGAUUCUGGUACCAGAUUGUCAGAGUUUUCUACCAACUGGCAUCUGGGAUAUCAGGAAUCAUUUUAGAAGAGAAACAGGGUUGCUAACCCAUUUGUAUAAUUUCAGCAACGUCAAGGAGGGCAUUUAUAGAAGGUAGGAUCUGAGUACAUCACACCAGCACCAAUUCCCUGUCUCUCCUAGCCACUGAAUGGAGACAAGAUGAAGAGGUAAGAUAGACCACAAACUAGUUCUUGUAGUGCACCCCACCUUCAUUUUCUUCCCCAGAGACAAAUCUACCCAUAUUCUUUCUUCCUCUUCCUUACCCAUUGCAGGAGAGAGGUUUCAAGGAACCAGACCUCUCAACAUAGAAAUGUAUUUCUACUAACUUAACAAAGUAGGACCACCUCUAUUCCCCCCUAAGCCACUCAAAUGGCAGAAUGUUAUUAGAACACAGCUUGUUGCAUGGAUUUGGAGACAGGAGAGGUCAGAUCAGGUCUAAGGAGAUACAGGAAGUGAGAUAUCACAGGCCUCCAAUACGCUGUAAUGCUGGGAGGCAGGUGCUGAUCUAGUUCUCCAACAUAGCUAUAAGGGAAUGAGGACUUCUGUACUUUUCAAUCCAGAUUCUUGAAAUUGUCUAGCCUUUUGGCACUAUGUCAUUACAGAAUCUCCCAGCAGGGGUAUAGGUCAUCCUCCUCUGCCUCUUGAGAAAUUAGCAGCUAGUCUUUGCUCUAAAUGGUAUCCAAGUCCAUAGACCCGAGGAAUGCCUCUGCCACAGGGUCCCAGAAACCACAUCCAUCGCUCAGGGAGCCUUCAAGCUCCGACUGCUCAGCCUCACCGAGUAUGCUUUAUAGAACCAUCCACAUCUGGCUAUUGCUUUAUGACUCUCUUUCAAAUUAGGAGGCAGUACUAUUGUGGAGCAUCGAAAUCCACAGACAAUUCGUGACCCUCAUCAUCUUAAUACUUCAUCUUUUUUAUCCUACUAAAUCAUUUCUGACAAGAUGUCCUGGCAGGCUAAAGAUGAACAGAUUCACUCCUGCUCAUUUUGCGGUGGAUGUUUUAAUUAGCUGCCACGAUCAGGACGACCAAAGUCAAGGACUAGAUUAACCACAAGGCAGCUGAUCAGCUACUUAGAGGUCAGCUACAUCGGAAUAAAGUAAAAGUAGUCAGGGAAUGAGGGAGGUGGGGAGUAUGUGCCAGUGGCGAUAGGAUCGUUUUUUAAAAACAUUUUUAUAGACCCUUGUUAAAAAAUAAUUAAAAGGAUUGUUGUGAAUCUCCACCCAAGUGAAAAAGACCUAGAGACAGGGUGAAUGAAUGAUACCUUGGAUAAGGCAUUGAAGAACUCUUGAAUGUGUUGGCCAUUUUCUCUAAUGAGUGUGUGGUAUAUACAGUCCCCUGUAUUAGACAGAAGGCUUUGCUACAUGGAAUUCAAGAGCAUCUCGCUUUUCUCAGGAACCAAAGGCUUAUUAUACAGAACAAACCAGUCAUCUUAGAACUGUCAAGCGUAUUUUCAAAGUACCAUAUCAAGAUCAGAAAAUCACCCUUCCGCUAGUGUGUUCAACUUGUUUAUUCCUUCUAGGUAACAAUAGAGGGACAGCGUAAAAAUGUCAAUCAUUUGACAUCACUGAUAUAAUUUCUGAAAGAGAAAGAGGUGGAAGUAGAUGGUCAGUGACAGUAAACUAGAGGUUGGUUAGCACAGGGCGCUAACGCAGAAGGAAUCUGAAUUAACUGUUGAGUAAUAACUUGUAGAAAACACAUUAUGGAGUUUACAUUAGUAUCCAUCUUGGAGGAUUUUUGAGGAUUUUAAACCAUCCUAACCGUUUUUCCCCUUUCCUUCUAAUUGGCCUUAGAAUUGUUUCCCCUAUUCUGUGAAUCCCACAUAGGUCUUUUUCAGAUGUUUGAUACAUUUUUUUUUUUAUAUUUUAAAACAGACGAAAAAUGUAAAUGAUUUUCCCUAGAAUCUUUCUAGAUUACAUUAAGAUGAGAUUAUUGUCAAUCUCUGAAUGUCUGGAAUUUCCUCCCAUGGAUUUUGUUUUGUUGUUUUGUUUUUGGCCUGGGUUUUUAUAAAUGCACUUGAACAUCAUAGCAUGCAGAGCAACAAAGGAAGAAGUUAGCAUGAUUCAUCUCAGAUUUCAGCCCAAGAUUUGAUCAAAUCCGUAUUUCAGUGCAUUUGGUUCACUCUUUAUAUUUCUCUCUUACUUAUUUCUGCUAAGAUCCUACAUGGGAUUUCUAUAGAAGUGUAUGAAAUUCUGUGGCCAUUGCAUGUCAGAAUUGUGCAGUAUUUUACAAUAGAAUUUCAAAGAGAACCCCUGUUUGUGAGAUUUACAGACCAAGACGUACGUGUGAGGGGGUAGAAUUGCAGAUCAGAUGAAGACUUAGGUCACACUUGAACUUGUGGUUAUUCACUGUAACCUAAAUUUCGUUCCUUUGUUCUGUUAUAACAUAUGCCUAUCACAAUACAAAUAACCCUCUUAAAAGAGAUUUACUCAUCUGUACAAGCACUUAAUUUGGAAGUCUUAUAGUCCUAGUGCAAAAUGAAGCAAAAAUUAAAAGUAGCCUUGAGUACUUGCUAAGUAACUUAAAAUUUUUAUAAAAUAUCCCACUUAAUGCCAGAUCUUUGUCUUCAAAGGCAUUUAAGUCUAAUAGUCAUGCUUUAAACAUGACUUAAAAUUAUGCCACCAAAAUGCUGCACUUCACAGCUGCACCCGACUGCAGCAUCAUAAAGUUAAUUUACAGUUUUUACAGCAUUGCUUGUGCAGUCUUACUGGUUUACAUUAAAAUCCUUUAAGCCACAAGGAAGCUUGCUCUAUGGAUUUAAAUGCAAACUUCUUUUACCGGUGCAGGAAGUCUCAUAAAACUCAGAUGUACUCCCACAAAAAUUUUAUUGGCCUUUUUGUUAAGAGAUGAAAAGGAAUUCCCUUUAAAAAGGGGAACUUUUCUCUUUUUAAAAAAAAAAAAUUAUUUUUAUCUUCAAUUACAGGUGUUGUCCUUUGCCGUGGUGUGUAUAUUUUCCUUUCAGUUGGCUUUGAGAAGGGAUAUCAAGUCAAAUCACUAAAACAGGGUUCUCUUUGGAUUCAAAGUUCCAGAUUUCAAUGCUUGACAAACAUUCUCAACUUCAGGAUUGACAAGCAAAGGUAGAAUAUUCAAAUGGUAGAAUUGGUUUUAGAUAGUAUUCUCCACUUGCCAAACUUCUGGCAAAUUUACCUGUGAAUUUCAAAAUGUUACAAAAUCUUUGGAUAUGCUUUUGUUUUCCCUUUUAGCCAUUUCCUCUUCGAUUUUAGUCCUUCUGCCCUCUGUAAAUGUGUUUAAUGAUUCAGCAAUCAGAUGUGUUGAAGGUAAAGUUCUCGCAGAGGUUCUUUGUUCCAGCUCUGUAUAAGUCACAGGAAUCCCCGAGGAGCUGAGACACAUUCCUCUCCGGCUCAUUGUCAUUGUUUCCUCAUGAGACAUUGCAGAGUUUGAAUCCUUAGUAACUCCCAUUGACUGGACUAGAGGCCACAGCCACAGCACAUGGGGGAGCAAAAAUGUCGGCCUACAGAGAGUGACAAAAUUUUAUUAGCCCUUUGGUGUUAGUUGCCAUAGUGCUGUAUUUGAAAAUCGAUGCUUUAGCCAAAAGCCGAAUGGCCACCGUUGCCGUAGUUUCCACUGUUUCGUCUGCAUAGAAUUUUCCUGAACUACGAACAAAAAUGUAUUUUGUCAAAUGUCACAAAAGUGAAAGAUGUUACUAAUCUUAGAUGUGUUGCAUAUUUUGUGUUUUUACUUUCCAAACUCUUUCGAAAGCUGCAGUUACAAAGCUGUUUGGCUGUAUUGAACAGCAUGUGGUGUUUUUGCAAAAAGCAAUUCUAGGAGAGCCAGUGUCUACCGUGGACUCGUCACAUCCCCUACUGCAGGAUCAUUGACAAAAUCGAAAUGGCAGCUUGUGUGCUGUCACUUUGCAAAAGGGGAUGAAAAUCAGACCUGGCCGUUAGUCACUAGUGUGUAGUGCCGUGAUCUGAAGUAGGAAAUUUAACUCACAUAGAAUAAUUGUGGUUUUUGAAGCAGCUCCUCAUUGCUUUUUCCUUUCGCUGUGAAGAUCAUGGAUUCAGAAUGUCCUUACGAGGUGAGCCUAAGGCGGUAGCAUUUAAACUUCAUGUCUUGGAACCCACCCUCCAUCCUAACCCAAAGAUUAACAAGGCAGUCAGCUUCAUGGUUAGGCCUACACUUAACAAUUUCCUUCCCCACCCCUAAUACUGAGUUCACCAGGGGUAUCUUUUUUUCUCAAAAAAGUUACAGCUUUGAAUUAUAGAAUAUAUCACUAAAUUUGGCAAUAUUGUUCUGUGCAUGAAUGGAAAUAAGUGUCAAAAUGCUUUUACAAAAGGCAGGAAUGAUGACAAUGAAAAACGCCCUUUUGCCUCCAAUUUCACUAACCCUAAAAAAGUGUUUCACUCAUGUCAAGCAUUGUUGAUACACAAAUUCCAAAAUUGGCCAAAUUAUACAAUUUUCUUAAAAUGUAAUAUCUAUGUUAGGUAGAGAUUUAAGUACGGUUCUGGUGCAUCAUAAAAAGGAGAGAUGAUGUCCGAAGGGAGUUCAUGAGCAAAGUAUCAUGCCUUAUGAUCCCAUUACCGAAACACAUACACGACAAUCAGAAAUAGAUCUAAUAAUUCUAAUAUCCCUCCAUUAGCCAGCUCUGAUGCUGCUGAGAGAGAGAUCACCCCGUACCAGGAGGCAGCAAUCUAAGCCUCAUCAGUGGGUAAGGGAAAAUUUGCAAUCAGAAACCCUCGCCAGGGUGUAUCCUAGAUUAGGUAGGUCACUCCAUAAGAAGGUGGGAAAACACUCAAUGUUCUCCUUUCAAAAACUGGAGUAAAGAUGCAGAAUUUCCCAUUCUUCAUACUCACAUCUGAAUGGCCCAUGCACUCCCAUUAAGUCUCAGCCUAGAGAUAUUGCAAACAAAAGCAUUUAGAGGAAAACUGGCUUACUUUCCUGACCCAAAUGCAAAAAAACAUGAGUAGUUCUUUCACCUUUAUUUCUGUAUGGAAGAAUUUUAAAACAGACUUCAUUAUGUUCUGUUUUGGGGGGAAGGUAGGUGGGGGCAUUCUUUCAAGUGAUUCAUAUCUCAAACCCAUACCACUCUCAACUUUCAUUUGAUGUGUUCAAAGCCAAAAAAAGAAAAGAAAAAAAAAAAAAAAAGCAGGGCUGAACACUUAAUUUGACAUGAAGCUGAAGGAGUGAGCACGCCAGAGAGAGUUUGAAGACAGCAUGGCCUUGGCUUCAUACCACACUUUUUGUGCCUUGUAUUAUCAAUGUAAAUUCUGAAUGUUGUACAGUAAAUACUUGGCUGGACUUCUUAGAAAAGGUUGCACUGGCUUCUUUUUCAGCACAUGUACAUAUCUAUAAAUAUAUAUACAUAUAUAUUUGGUAAUGCCAAACAGCUGUGUUAUAUUGUAUUGAACAAAAUGGACGGUUUGGAUGUUUUAUGUAGAGUUUGCAAAAAAACUGGAUGGUGACAGACUUUUCAAGCUAAAUGUACAGACGUAAAUUACUGCAUAUCAGUUAUUUAUGAAUAAAGAGUCUUUUAUGGACAUUUUAGGAUA